UUUUGGGAACAUUGGUCCAAGGGAAAGCCUGUAGUUUGACUCAACGAGCAGGGCAGGAUUCUUUAGCCGCAAAGGUUUUGUUUCAUCAAUUUCGCAUAUUGCACUGUACAAUGUUAAGGUGUUGGCCUUCGCAAGAAAAAAGCCUAUGGCGCGGUGCAGAAUACCUCUGAGGUAACAGUACCUGGAAGCUGUCGAUCGUCCAGUUAACCUUGGACUAACGUUAACGUUACCAAACAACUUUACCAUCAUGUUUUGGAUACUUUUUUCUCUUGUUGGACUAUCCUUAUUUCUCCAGACCCCUGCUUCGGGGGUGUUUGAAUUGAGGUUACUAUCUUUUGACAACCAAGCUGGAAAAGACGAUUUGGGUAGAUGUUGCUCAGGGCGUCCCUCUGGUCUGGAAUGCGAAGGAGAUUGCAGACCGCGCUUCAGAAUAUGCCUUAAAGAAUACCAAGUGAAAAUUGAUGCCACAUCUCCUUGCACAUUUGGAGAUGUUAUCACCUCCGAAUUGGGUCCUGGACCAGCAGAUGACCCACAAAGUGGCUUUGCUAAUGCUAUUGCUGUUCGAUUUCCAUUUACUUGGCCUGGGACCUUCUCACUCAUCGUUGAAGCUUGGCAUGGCAACCAAUCGUCCCAUUCAGCAGUAUUGGUCAGCCGUUUGAUGCGUCAGCGCUGGUUAGAUGUUACCGAGCAAUGGACAGAAGACAGUCAUAGCUCCAAAUAUUCCACACUGAGAUUUGAAUACAGAGUAACUUGUGAACCGCAUUAUUAUGGAAAAGGUUGUGAAAAUCUGUGCCGACCACGUGAUGACAGUUUCGGCCACUAUAGCUGUUCAUCGUCAGGAGAACGCGUUUGUUUAGCUGGAUGGACGGGCGAUUAUUGCACAAAACCGCAAUGUUUGCCAGGAUGUGACGAACAACAUGGCCAUUGUACCACACCAAAUGAGUGCAAAUGCCAAUCAGGUUGGGAAGGUCCGCUAUGUGAUAAAUGUCAACGUUACCCAGGAUGUAUGCACGGUACUUGUGUUAAACCUUGGGAUUGUCUAUGCAAUGAAGGCUGGGGAGGUCUUUUCUGCAACCAAGAUCUCAAUUAUUGUACAAACCACCAGCCGUGUCAGAACGGAGGGACAUGCUUUAAUACUGGUCAAGGCAGCUACACUUGCAGUUGUCCUUUUGGAUUUAACGGAACCGAUUGCGAAAUCUCAAACGAUGACUGUACAAAAACACAUUGUCUCCAUGGUGGCACUUGUAUGAAGCUAGAAAAUAGUGAAACCUAUACUUGCCAAUGUACUUCGGGAUAUCGUGGAUCCCAUUGCCAAACACCUGUGCCCCCUCCACCAUCGCCUGGCUGCUCCGGUUCUCCUUGUGCCAAUGGAGGAACAUGUCAUGAUAUUUCGGGCGGAUUUCGCUGUACUUGUCCCUCAGGAUUUACGGGACUAACUUGUGAACGUCGCUUAGGAGUUUGUGAGCCCAGUCAAUGUGAAAACGGAGGUGUUUGUUCUGUAGCUCAGGGUGCUCCACAUGGUUUUCGUUGCGCCUGCCCGGCCGGAUUCGCAGGAGAACGCUGUCAAGUUGACGUUGACGAUUGUGCCGGUGGCAACCCUUGCCUCAAUGGUGGUACCUGCAUAGACAAAGUUAAUGAAUUUCGAUGCCAGUGCGUGCCUGGAUAUAUAGGCAGAUUGUGCCAAGAACGAGUGGACUAUUGUAGAGCCAAACCUUGUGCCAAUGGAGGUAGCUGCCACCAGCUGAUUAAUGACUUCGAAUGCCGAUGUCCUCCAGGUUUCCGUGGUAAAGACUGCAGCGAAGAAGUAAAUGAGUGCCAAUCAGAUCCAUGCAGAAAUGGAGGAACCUGUGUUAGCCGACCACGCGGUUUUGAGUGCCUGUGUCCGCUGGGUUUUCUCGGUAGAGACUGUAGUGAAACAAGUGCUGGUGCUGCUUCAAGCGCUCGCAUAUCAACAGAAUCGACACUUACUGCUGAACAUGUAGUAGUUAUUGCUACCAUUUCAACUUUUGUCCCAUUACUUGCCUUAGUUGCUGUCGGCGUAAUAGCUUGCCUCAAACAACGCAGAAAACGUGAAAAAGCACGAGCUGAUGAAGAAGCUAGGCUACAGAACGAGCAAAACACCGCCAAUAGCAGUUUUGCUAAACGAGGAGUUGCCAUGGCAGCCGACGCGAGAAUGAUCAAAAACUCGUGGGGUAAAUGCACAAAUAACGCCAUGGAGGAAGCGACUGGUGCUGCAGCAAUAAGCGAUUUAGAGCCCUUCCCCAAACAGCAACAACAAGUCAUCGAUGGGCGACCUGUCUACGGGCUACAGCGCAGUCGUUCACAGAAACAACUGAACACUGAGUCAUGUUCAGCAGCGAAUUCAGCAGCAGUAGCAGCUGCGCGAGCUUCUGCUCUUCUAGUUGCAAAACUUCACGAGCCUGAAUAUGAGCCAAUUAAGCGACUAUCUGUGAUGUCGCAAGGCGACCCACCAUCAAAAGAUACGCCUGUAUUUGUAGUCGAAGAACAUUUCCGAGUGCCUGUUCCUGGCGGCAUGUUUGCCACUGAGGUGUGAUAGGUGGCGGCUCCAGCCUCUACCCACAACUGCUGUGUUCUGGUUUUGAGUUCUCGCAGGUGAUCAACAAACAUUGAUCUUUCUUCAUCCAAAUUUGCAUGUAACCUCAUGAUCUUAUUUGAAUUUUAUUUACAAUGAAGUUUCAUAAAUUCUUUUCUCAAAAUUUUGUUUAACCAGCGGUACUCAAUAUCCAGACAAAUUCGGUUUUUGCCGAUUAUGGUCGUCGCGUUGGGAUGAUGCCGUACCCUAGCCCCCAUCGGCUGAUUCAGGGCCUUAUGUCCAUAGUGUACAUACUAGCUUAAAGUUUUGUAAAGUAGUCUUAUCUCAAGCUACUGGAUUAGUCGGAAACCAAAGAUUGGGCUACGGCCAGUCGCCUUGCUCCUGCGCAGCGUACCUUCAGGUACAAUUUUUUUAUCAUAAAUAAUUGUACCCUUGUGAUGCAUUUAAGUGAGCUAACUCACCCGAGGGGUUAGUUACUGGUGAGUUAUUUGUGUAUUAGAUAAGCUAAUUUAAUUUGAAUGCGUUGAUUUAAAAAGAAAAAGAUUUUGCGGGCUUUUUUCAUGUAUUUAUUUUGGAUACAAAUAUUUUACAACUUUUUACAACAUAUACAAUGCUUGUUAUAUAAAAAUCAUAUUGAGGUUCUAUCCCACUUGCAUUACAAAUGUUUAUUUAUUUAUAUUUGGUCUUGAUAAAUUAAAGUCUUAUUAUUUUUGUAAAAUUUACUAGUUAGAAUACUUAUUUUGUUUUAUGUAAUUACUAAAUUAAAUUUUAUUUUUGUUUUUUUUUUUUUUUUCAUUGCCAAAUUUUGAAGAUCUUUUUACAAAUAAUUUUUAAAUAAAAAAAAAAUAAUAAGCUAGGGAAAGUUUAAUUUCCAAUAUUUAUGGUACUUUUACACCUCUAUUGCAAUAAUUUUCUCUAGCUUCACUAAAUUCGCUUGUGUUCUUGAUUAUUGAACAAUAAGUAAUCAUGAAUAUAACCGGACAGACAAUUACUAUGUGAUUAUUCUUACAAAAAUAUGUAACAUUUUCUAUUUAUCAUUGACUGAACUUUAGCAAAGAUCCUGUCAAUGACUUUCCUGGGGCCAAUAUUCAAGCUUUUAGAUUAUGAAAAUUGAAAAUGUUACAUAAUAUGUAACUAGCAAAACCGAAAAUAUAUGCUGUAUGCUUUGUUUUAAUAAACAGUGUAAUGUUGUAGUGCAUGAGCCUUGAAAAUAUUUUUAUAACUGUGUGUCACUUUUUAAAAGAUUUUUUUUUGUGUGAGUGCCCCUUGAUAGUCUGGAUUUUGGGGACAGAAACUUAUAUUGCUGAUUCAUUAAAUACAACUUUCGCGUAUUUAUUCUUGGCCAGUGGACUUAUAAUUUUGAAUUUAAUGAACUAGCCCUUUUUCUGUCCUCCUUGAUAUAAUCCAAUAUAUGGAGUUUGUACUUAAUAUGAACAAAGAAAUAAUGUUCCUGUAAUGUAAACUAAGUCAUUUUGUGUUUGAGGUUGCCAAAAAAAUAUUACAUUUUUCUAACCUUUUUUGCAAUGUCAAUAUGCAGGGUAAAGUCAAGAAUUGAUCAUUAUGCUCCUAGUUAGUAAUAUUUUUUUAAGAGUUUUAGUCUGAAGCCGCUAUUUCCCAUGCUGUUAAUUAGGAGCUGAGGUAGUUCUUGAAUGUGGAGCACCCUGUAAGUUUAUUGUAUUACUUAACCCUUGGGCAAGUUAAAAGACUUAAUAAUAGUAAAGACGUUUUGUAUUAUAUUAUUGUGUAUAUUUAUAGUAUGUACCUAAGAAGAUUUGUUCUGUUUCUAGAGAAGCGGCUGUAUUUUGUUCCUCAUGUAAAAAUGUUAUUUAAAAGUUAUCCUAAUAAAAUUUUUUGUUCUAUA